ACAAAGCUAGCCUUCAUUCUUGUACGCUUUCCGUUGUUGUGCCUCUUGGCUUGAGCGCAGGGGGUGUUCUAGUCAGCUCUUCGAGGUCAGAUCAUCUGAUAAUGACACGAUAGAUCAUCAAUCAUACCUCUAAUUGCGUUUGCUUUGUGCCCGUGUCUUGUCGAGCAGCCACAGAGCAAACAAGUAGCAAUUGACGCAAAGGGGAGGGAAACAGUCGAAUGGUUUUUAAUUUCCCCAACGGCCUCCACCAUCCAAACUGAACCUGGAGAAAUUUUUCUCUCCCAAGUCGCAUCGACACGGAUUUCGACUUGCAUCUCGAAAGUCCCCACGACGAACGAACACCGAUCGCUCACUUGGAAAUGGUUUGAGCACACAGCAUUCUAUCUCCCUCCUCAGAGCAGAGCGCACGCAGAAGCAUCCUGUUGCGACAUGUCACGAACACCAAAUCCAAAAUGCCGCUCUAUAGAUUGGUCGCUGUACCUGGUCACGGACUCCACGCCGGCCAUCCUGGGGGACAAGGACUUGCUGCACAUCGUCGAUGAAGCGAUCCAGGGUGGCGUGGGCGUGGUGCAGUACCGAGAGAAGCACGCCGACACGGGGGCCAUGGUCGACGUCGCCGCGAAACUGCACGCCAUCACCCGAAAACACGGCGUGCCGCUUCUGAUCAACGAUCGCGUCGACGUGUGCCUGGCCGUCGGCGCCGAAGGAGUCCACAUCGGCCAGGACGACAUGGACGUGGCCCGCGCCAGGCAGCUCCUGGGCUCCGACGCCAUCAUAGGGGUCACAGCCUCGUCGCCCGGCGAGGCCGACAGGGCCAUCAAGGACGGCGCCGACUACCUGGGCAUUGGUACCACGUUCGCUACGCCCACCAAGACGGACACAAAGCACAUCAUCGGGACCAGGGGCCUCCAGCAGAUUCUGGCCGCCUGUGACACGGGUACGGCGAAGACGAUCCCCUGCGUGGCCAUCGGCAGCAUCAACGCCUCCAACGUCCAGCGAGUCCUGCAUCAGUCUGCGUCGGACUCGAACCGCCUGAACGGGAUCGCCGUGGUCAGCGCCAUCAUGGCCUCGCUCGAGCCGCACAGGUCGGCGAGAACGCUUCUCGACCUGAUCAAAUCGGCGCCGGAGAAGUUCUACACGGCUGUCCCCCCGCAGAUACCGCCGACCACCGACCUGAAACUCCUCAUCAGCCACACGCCCAACAUCAUCCGGGCCCACGUUGCGUCCGGCGUCAUCUGCCACAACAUGACCAACACGGUGGUGCAGAACUUCGUGGCCAACGUGUGCCUGGGCACGGGCUCGUCGCCGAUCAUGUCGGAGAACGGGCCCGAGGCGGCGGACCUGGCGCGACUGGGCGGCGCGCUGGUUAUCAACAUGGGCACGGUCACGCCGGACAAGCUGGACGCCUACAUCGCGGGCAUGAGAGCGUACAACGCCGUGGGGGCGCCGAUCCUGUUCGACCCGGUCGGCGGCGGGGCGACGGGCGUGCGGCGCGCGGCGAUCGAGACGCUCCUCGCGGCGGGCUUCUUCAGCGUCAUCAAGGGCAACGAGGGCGAGAUCGGCGCCGUCGCGGGUACGUCGACGGGCCAGCAGCGUGGGGUGGACGCGGGCCCCUCGAACUCGAGCCCCGAGCAGAAGGCCCAGCUGGUCAAGACGCUGGCGCGGCGCGAGCACUGCGUCGUCCUCAUGACGGGCAAGACCGACUACCUGUCCGACGGGACGCGCACGGUCGCGAUCCACAACGGCUCGCGCUGGCUGGGCAAGAUCACCGGGUCGGGAUGCGCCCUGGGCGCCGUCAUCGCGAGCUACCUGGCCGUGCACCCCGAGGACAAGUUCCUCGCCGCCCUCGCGGGCAUCCUGCAUUUCGAACUCGCCGCCGAGUCGGCUGGCGAAUACUGCAGCGGGCCGGGGACGUUCAUCCCGGCGUUUCUCGACGCGCUCAAUCAGCUGGGCCAAGAGAUGCUCGGUCAAGAGGGCAUUGGGCAACCCGGGUUUUUUGCGUCUCAGGUCAAGGCGGAGAUGGUUCCGUGAGCAUGAAGCAGAAAGGGGACGGGGUCGGGCUGCUAAUCAAGAAGAAAUGAAUGCAUAGAAGAACGAAUCAUCAUCAUCAUUGUGUCUGCCCGUUUUGCUCUUCCCUUUUCUCUUUCUUUGAACACGGAGGAAAGGGAAAUGCUCAAUCUGAGUUCUACUCUUCUAAACAGCUACACCAGCCCUCGGCACAGGGUCUAAUAUCCUGCUCAAUGUCCAACCUCAACCACCAUCCACUCCCUUCACCCCAGCCAGCACCGCCAUCGCCACCCGAUAUCGGUCUUUCCUUGACGCCUCUCGUGGCUGUGGCGAUCAUGAAGUCCUGGUCAUACGCCACAAGCUCGAUCUGUACGUCUUCGACCCGCUUGCCGCGGAGCAGCGUGGUCAUGCCCCUUUCAGCUUGCUGCGGGGGUGUCCACUUGGCGGUUUCAACAGGGGAAGGAUGAUGUCCCGUGCCGCUGCCGUUGGGCGAUGAAGGCGCCGGGAAGUGUGGUUCAAGAAGGGAAGGGGUGCUGGGGGAGUCUGCGAAGGGAGAGAGGUAAUCGUGUGAACGGUUGCGCGCGUGAGAAUGGGACGGGGCUAUUGUGGUUGCAGGUAUGGAGAGCUUUCUGGGUUUGCCCUCCAACGGGGAGGCGAAGGAUGCUUUUCUCUGCGCAUACAUGUCGGCAGCAGGAACCGAGGAUUUUCGACGGUGCGUGUCGGAGGAUGAGCCGGGAGGUGGGAGAAUGCUCUCAACAGAUUCGCGCUUAGCGUACAUGUCUGGGGGUGCCGCUGCACGCCCACCACUCGGAAUAGAUGUGUCGACCGGUGGUACAGAAGGAACAUUCGCCAGGGAUUUCCUGUGCGCAUAUAUAUCGGCAGAUGCAGGAAGGGGCAUGCCUUGUGACUCUAUAAUGCUGUGUGUGUUACUGCUGUUCUUUGGCUGGUAACUCGAGGCGGUGGACGGGGGCCCAUCAUGCUUGGGCAAUGGUGGAGGCGGAGGAGCAUGUACAUCAAGGAAUUCGAGUUCUCUCAACCAACUCGCCAGCAGUCCUUCGCCCACCAUCUUAAUAUACGCCUCCUUCAGGCUCCAAUACGCAUAAAACCGGC